CAAACAUGGAGGCCGCCGAGGAGGAGCAGGACGCCACGCCGCGGAGAACCUCGUCCCUCACGCCCUCGAGCGGGGCCGAGGCGACGCCCAAGGUGAAGCGGAACUACGUGAAGCUGCCGCCGGGGAGGAAACUGGAGCUGCUGAGGAUGCUGGACGCGGGGGUGAGCAAGGAGAAGCUGAUGAAGGAGUUUAGUGUCUCCCGCACCACCCUCUACCUCUACAAGAUGAACAUGGACGAGGUGAAGCAGAAGGUGAUGGCCAGCGUGGAGGCGGGGACGAGGCGGAGGAAGAGGAAGAGGAAGAGGCUCAGCUGGAGGAGGGGCCUGUCCGGGAGCGACGAGGAGGAGGAGGACGUGGUGGUGAACCCGAAGGUGGAGGAACCUGAGGAGGAAGACCUCAAGACAGAGGCCACCCCAGAGGAGGAGACACUGCCCCCCCCAGACCAAUCCCCGGAGCAGCCCCCAACACCCCCACCACCCCUCGGAGACCCCCCUGCUCCCCCACCCCCACAGGUCCUCUUCCCCACUCCUAACCCCUUCCAGGCCCUCCUCCCGGCCCCCCUCGCCCCCCCACAGGUCACGAACUACAGUCGACGUGGGAAACGGAAGCGCAAAUCCAUCAACUUGCCAAGGAAGCACAGCCGGUCGAGGUGGAUGAAGCUCUGCCAGCCCACCGCCCUUAUGCAGCCGCUGCGUCCCAUCGCCCCCGCCCCCCCUAAACUGCCCCCGCCCAGCCCACAGUACCCCGUGGAAGAGCCGCCAUCCCCCAAGGAGCCGCCAGCCAAGGGGAUCAAGAUUGAGGGACGGACGAGAGGCAGUACCAGCGCAGCACCUGAUCCGCCGCCCGUCACCCUGGUCGCCACCAAGCCCAAGACGAAGCCCAAGCCGCCCGGCCAGCCCGUUCAGAAUGAUGUGCGUGCCUCGGCCGGGAAAGGAGACCAACUCCACGUCCAGCACAACUUCCACUCGCAGAAGAUCCUUGAGGUGCUGACCUGCGACGAGACCUUCAUUGACGUCACGCUCACGGCCGAGGGGCGCUCCGUUCGCGCACACAAGCUGAUCCUGUCUGCCAUGAGCCCCUACUUCCAAGAGGUGCUGCAGACCAACCCCUGCCAGCACCCUGUCAUCAUCAUGCCCAGGACCGUGCGAUACUCCCACCUCACGCAGAUCAUUGACUUCAUAUACAGGGGCGAGAUCACCUUACCCGAGGAGGAGCUGCGGUCUCUCCUCAACACGGCCGAGCACCUACAAAUCAGCGGCUUCUCCACCCCCGAGAUCAUGAAACUCCUCGGCGAAAACCCCCCCGACACAACCCAGGACUCCACCUCCACCCACAUUGCCUCCCCCUCCCUGGACGAGACUUCAGAGCACCAGGUGGAGGCCGAAGUGCAGCUGGAGGUGGAGAGUUUGCGUGGGGGUGGAAGAGGGCGUGGUGGAGUGCGGCGAGCCAGGGGAGGGCGGAGGGCUAGAGCAGGGAGGAGAGGGAGAGGCGGGAGAGGACGUGCGGCCAGGUCGAGCGAGGAUAUUAUAUCAAGUUGUGGGCAGAGGCUGGUCAGGGCAACGGCCGCUACGCACUUUGCCCCGUCCCUCGCCUCCUCCCCCACCCCCUCGUCAUCCCUCCUCCCCACCUCCCCUGACCCCCCCACCCGUGCCUUCCAGCGUGUGGAGGGCGGGCAGCUGCGAGUGGAUGAUCCGAUGGGUGGAAGCCCCACUGCUGUGUUGGGCAUGGAUGUGGAUAUCGACAUUGUGAAGGAGGAGGUGUUGAGUGAGAGUGAGGACAACAUGAGUGAAGGCGGUGGAGAGAAUGUGGUGUUCAUCGUGGAGGGGGACUCCUUACGCAUGUGUCAGCAAUCCACACAGCAACACCAGCCCCUUCACUCCACCCCUACACAGCCCCACCACACCCUGCACUCCACCCCUAUCCAGCCCCAAGCACCUCCACCACCUCCGCUCUUCACGGCCGCCACCACCUCCGCACACCCACAACCGAUAACGCUCUUCACCUCCACAACCAAACAGCCGCAGCCUCUCAGCCUCUUCUCCUCCACUACCAAACAGCCCCAACCUCUCACGCUCUACACCUCCACCGCAACACCACAGCAACCCCAGACCCUGACCCUCUUCACCACCACAAACACCCCCAUGUCGCUGUUCACCACCAAGACCCCAUCCACCUCCACCACCUCCUCCAUCACCACUACGCAGCCCAUCCUACCUCGGCCUAUCGUAUACACCGCGACUGGGGUUCCGGGGGCUCUGGGGGGUGUGACGCAGGCUAGACUAACCACCCCAGUACUACCCCAGGGUGUGAAUCAGCCCAGAAAGAUCACAGUCAUCACAACACCCCAGAUAGUCCCUCAGGUACCCCAGAAUAUCCCCAUCCAGCCUGCGUCCCCAUCAUCCCACAGUGAGGGGAGUCUCGAACCCACAUCCCCAGACGCCCAGAGUGAAGGGAGUGAGAACGCAGCCUCCCCAGCACCUCCCCCUUCCUCCAUGCCCGCUUCCCCACAUCCCCAGAGUGAGAGCAGCUACGACGUCACAUCCCCGACUAACCAGAGUGUGGGGAGUGACGAGGCCAUGUCCCCAACUAUUAGCUCCGAUGAGGCAGCUUCCCCACCGCCCUCCCCAACCCCCGAGGCCACGUCAUCCCCGCCAGCCAAGGGGAAUGAGGGGAAGAGCGAUGUUUCAGCCUCCCCACAACCCCCAGCCUCACCCCUGCAGCCUUCACCUCAUCCCCAGCCUGAUGCAGCUUCCCCAACGUGUGAGGGGAAUGCUGGCACCCCCUCACCACCACCUGUGAAUGAGGCAGCCCCAGAGUCCCCACACAGCCCCAUGGAUCAAAGUUCAGAAGCCCGAAACAGCCCUAAGAUAAUUUCACAGCCCCCAAAAAGUUCCAUGACCACAACCUCACAGUCCCCGAACAGCCCCAAGACAGUUUCACAGCCCCCACAAAGCCCAGGGCACCCUCAAAGCCCCAUGGACCAAACUUCACAGCCUCCAAACAGCCCUGAGACCGUUUCACAGCCCCCUCAAAGCCCAGGGCAGCCCCAUAGUCCCAUGGCUACAACCUCAGGGUCCCCAAACAGUCCCAAGUCAAUUUCACAGACCCCAGGGCAGCCCCAAAAUCCCAUGGCCACAACCUCAGGGUCCCCGAACAGCCCCAAGACAACUUUUCAAACCCCACAGAGCCCAGGGCAGCCCCAAAGUCCCAUGGCCACAACCUCACAGUCCCCAAACAGCCCCAAGAUGACUUUUCAAACCCCACAGAGCACAGGGCAGCCCCAGAGUCCUAUGGCCACAACCUCAGGGUCCCCAAACAGCCCCAAGACAGUUUCACAGCCCCCACAAAGCCCAGGGCAGCCCCAAAGUCCCAUGGCCACAACCUCAGGGUCCCCAAAUAGCCCCAAGACCACUUCCCAGUCCCCACCUAGCCCCAUGGAUACCUCACAGCCCUCACUGAGCCCAAACAGCCCCAAGUUGACUCCCCGGCUGUCACUCAGCCCCAUGACCAUUUCACAGCCAUCUGACAGCCCCAAAUCUACCUCUCACAGCCCUAAAGCCAGCCCACAGCCCCCACGCAGCCCUAAAACCACCUCACAAGACCCUAUGACUUCCUCAGCCCCAUACAGCCCCACAGUUUCCUCCCCACAAAAUAGCCCCCUCAUGGAUACCUCCCAGCCACUGAUGCACCCCACUGUCCCCUCCCCAGCACACAGCCCCAUGAAAGUAACCUCCCCAUCAUGUAGCCCCAAGCUCCCCUCCCCACUAAAAAGCCCCUCUGCACUUUCCUCCCCAUGUAAUGUCCCCACUACAAUAUCCUCCCUACCACAUGUCCCCACUACCCUAUCCUCCCCACCUACCAGCACCACUACCAUUUCCUCCCCACCAUCUAUCCUCACUGCAACUUCCUCCCCACCACGUAUACCCACGACCAUAACCUCCCCACCACACGCUCCCCCUCUUGUCCCCUCCCCAUCACACAUCCCCCCUACAAACUCCUCCCCACUUCGCAUUCCCCCCUCUGUUUCCUCCCCACAUAGGCCUAGAAUGAUCACCCCCCCAGCACACAGCCCCACCUCAGCCCCCCCCUCCUUCCUAGCACACAGGCCUACUAUGGUCAGCCCUUCACCCCCCAAGGCAGCCCCGUCACCCACCAGCGUCAUCACCCGGGUGGAGACGUCCCCCAGGGGUGAUGUGAGUGGCCCCCAGCAGCCCCCAUCACCCCAUUAUCCUGCCAGGGGUUUGUGUGAGGCAGCCCCUUCGCUAGUCCCAUCACCACUCAUGCAGGGCUCACCACCACUGGCACGCACUCAUCACAUCACCCCUGCCCUGUCAUCACCACUGGCAGGGGAGCGUGUCAGUGCCGCCACUCUGUCACCACCCCAGUCAUCACCACCACAGCGUUUAGCCCCCCCUCAGACCAGCCCCCUCCCCUCCCUGCACCACCACCACCCCAGAGGAGGAGUAGGGAGGGUCGGGGCAGGGGGGUAUCUCUUGGUCCCCCCGCAGCAAGCCUCCCCCACCAUGGCGUCACCACUCCUCACCACCUCCGCAAUCACCACCACCACCUCCUCCACGCUGCUUCAAUCCCUCCUGAGUAGCGGUGGUUGCCUUGUCACCUCCCAGCCCACACCCUCCACAACCACCACAGCCCUUGCCCACCCCAGCCCAACUCAGCUACCCCUAACCACAGCCCCAGGUCUUCCCUCGCCCGGGGUGCUGGGGAACCUUCCGCCCUGGGGGACUAACCAACCCCAGUACCAACCCAGCUGUGAGACCAUCCCCAUGCAGUACCCAGAGAGCAGCAACCUCCAGUACAGCAGUGACCUGGGCGGGUUCCAGCUCCCCCAAGCCCAGUACAGCGGCCUGGGGUACCAAUCCAUGGCUCCGCAGUACCAACCCAGCUGCGAGACCAUCCCCACACAGUAUGGUGAGUCCGGCUACCACCCCAGCCCCCCACACUAUACAAAACUGGUGUACGGAACGGACCCCCCCCAGUACGUCACCCCACCCUGCCAGACGAGCCCCCUGCAGCAGUACCAGCCGAACUACGAGGCCGCCCCUAUGCAGUACACCGAGCUCCCCAGCAUGGACACCUUCUCCCAGGCCCCACCCCCCAUGUACCCCUGUGGCUCCGAUGACCGCCCCGCCACCGUCGCCGCCCCCGCCACCUCCCCGAGUGUAUACUAUGACCCGAGCUGCCCUGACUCACCGCACCACCUCCAAUACUCCCAGCUGUAAGGACGGCUGUGGAGGGUGACGAGCGGGAGAUGCCUGCGCGCGUGUGUGUGUGUAGUGUAAGGGAAAUGUGUGCGUAUGUUUGUGUAAGGGAAAAGUGUGUGUAUGUGUGUGUGCUUGUGUAGGGGGAAUGUUUUUAUGUGUGUGUGCGUGAGUCAAGCGCACACACACAAGCGAAGGGAGACGAGAGCUUGUAAAACGUGACCACCUCUCAUCGGCAUCCCUAGCGGUAAUGAUAGCGAGUAAAAGGACAUACAAAUAGUGCUUCUACACGGACAAGUACCAGUAUGAGCCACGCAAGGCCACAAAGACAAGGGAGAAGGAGAAGAGAAAAGAAGAGAAAACAAUAUAAAAAAAAGAAGAGGAAUAGAAGGAGAAGAGGAAACAUAGGAAAGGCAUAAAGAAACAACAAAAUGAAGAGUAGAGAGUAGAUGGUUUUACCUGUAAUUUAAACAUGAGCAACCUUAACAUUACUAUUACGACUAUUUGGAUGAGCAGCUUGAGACUAUUUUUGUUGAUAAUUUAUACUUCCUUACACUAAUAGGUUUACUUUUUUCUUUCUUUCCUGUAAAUAUAGACUUUUUACGCCAGACGAUUUCUAGUAACCUUAGCUCGUACUCGGCCACCAUGAUACCUGUGUCUUAGCUAACGAGAUUAUCCUCACCUGUAAUUAUGAGGACAGGUAGAGAAGUGCUGAUCACGCCCCAAACCUUGAUGACGCCAAUAUAUACUGGUGAUAUUUUUUUUAGCUUGUCUGUAUUAAGGUUAAGGAUCGUGGUAUCUCUCUCUCUUUUUCUCUCGUUCUCUUGUUAGUUGUAUAUUAGCGUUAUGUUUGUUACUCAAGCCUAUGAUUAAAGAAUGUGUGUUUGUGCGUGCGUGCGAGUUCAGACGCACAGAAAUACCUUGAGAAAUACAUUAGUUAAGGGUAAGGUGGAGGAGGUGGAAGAGAGAAAAAGAGGAGAAGGAAACAAAGUGAAGAUGCUUACAAGGGGGAAGAGGUAGAGGGAAAACAAUGAGAGGAGGAGGAGGAGGAGGAGAGGUGAAGAUUCUUAGUCCCAUGUAAUUAAAUAGCUAACAAUGUCUAUAUGCUCCUUCCUCCUCCUUCUCCUCCUCUUCUAUCACCCCCUCCUCCUCCUCCUCCUCCACUGCGCUAAAAGUUAUCCAAAUCCCGUCUUUGUCUUUUUUGCACAAGCGCUGUGUCGAGGCGCCUUGCUGUGUAUAGCUUGUGUUACCGGUAGAAGAUAGACGAAGCAUCCACUCAGCGAUCGUGUAAAUUCCCGCCUCUCCGUAAGUGUUGUCGUAAAGUAUCCAGCUAAGCGUAAAAACAAAAAAAAAUGUAGGCUAGCGGUCUCCUUAGUCUAGUUACGCACUUCGUUUUUUUAUAUUUUUCACUCGGUAGUCAGGCCCUUAGGGAAUGAAAGUACUAUAAACGGAUAAAAAAAUGUAGGAUGGUGUAGUCAUUUUUUGUAUUGCUGUUUGUUAGGUCAGCCGUAGCGGUAGACAGAUGAAGCUAUGUGCCGUUUUGUUGUCCGUUAGCUACAAGUUUUUCCUUUAUGACAUGUUGCAGCUCUACUUAACUCGUCACCGUAACAAUAGACAAAAUAACACACCAUUUCCUAGCCUAUUGCAAGAUGUUUUAUAUAUAUAGUUUCACCCCUUCACAUAUGUAUUGAAUUUCUACAUAAUCUUUCCACCAUAACAACCUCCAUAGACACAACACAGCAUUUCCUAGCCUAUUGCAAGACUUUUUUUAUAUAUAGUUUCACCCCUUCACAUAUGUAUUGAAUUUCUACAUCAUCUUUCCACCAUAGACACAACUACACACCAUUUCCUCGCCUAUUGCAAGACGUUUUAUAUAUAUUUUCACCCCUUGCCAUAUGUAUUGAAUUUCUACAU